AACAAUUGGAAACAUAUCUAAAUUUUUUACGUGUUUCCUGUGGAUGAAUUGGAAAAGUGUAAAGCUGUUUGUGGGUUUCUGUAUCAGCAAACUGGCCAAUCAAGUUUUUGUUUUAGUCUAAUAAAUCCCCUGCAUUACUGUUCACUCAUGACAGAGAUUUCGCACAAUGUCAAGCCAUAUGAACCCUCAACACUGUUGACUAACAUACAUGUACAUGUAGUAUUCAUUUUCAUCUGGACACCUGACGUACAUAAUCCAGUGGGAAGAAACAAUGAAAACCUGUCGUGUUGCCCGAUGCACUUGUAAACAUUGCUCAAAACAUGUCACUGGAUUGCUCAAUUCUUAGUUACACGAUUACAACCUACAAUUUCCAAAAUCUAACUUAGAGAAACAAUCUUUUUGCAUGGCACACAUGGUGCAAUUCUUAGCAAUACUUUUGCCAUCGACAAACACACACACACCAGCACUGCCUGUCUGUAAAGCAGCAAAAAUGACUCAGCAUCCUCAUUCAUACCAAAUUUGCAUACCUGUGUUCUGAUUGGCUGAGUGAUGUACACACCCCCACACACACCUCCAGCAUGACCAUAUAAGGCAAUGUUUUUGGUGCGCCUAUGGUGGUUCUUUUCAAAGACAACACCACUACAAACCGAAACCCCAAAUUUUUUGUAGCUGUCUCUUUGUGUGUUUUGGGGAGAAGGGGCCUCUGGCGGAAUCUGUACCUACAUUGUGUUUGACUUUGUGGGACUAUCUUUCUGGUAAACAGUGGCAAGUCACUGAAUUCUAGCUGAGCUUGCAAACACAACUGGCACUGUUCCAAGUAUUUACAGAUCUCGGUGAUAACAAUAAAUGUUUUUUUUGGGGGGGGGUGGAGGUGGGGACGAAGGUUAACACUGACUCCAAAAUAUUUCCCUGACAACAAUUAUCCUUCCAUUGGGAGAAAGUUAAACUGCAGCCAUCAAACUUCAGGGUUUUUUUUGUGAUGAUCACGACGGUUAAUGCCUUGUUCAGGAUUCAUAUAUUACCUGCUGGUGUAUACAUGUAAUACACACUUCCUAUGCGGGGUCAUUUCCUUGUGUUGUUAGAUGUGGCAAGGGGCCCCUAGUUGGGUCGACCCACAAAUCCUUUUAUUAUCUCCAGGUUUUUCCAUUCAGUUCCAGCUUUGCUGUGUACUGUACAUACGUUAUUUUGGCUUUCCCCUGUUGGUCCAGACAGAAAUUACAGGCCCCAAACAGGACAAAAAGGAAGUGUGCUUUCAAAAGAGUUGGCUAUGCAUGACCUCUCUGGAGGGCAGAGGAUUGGCAUGUACUUGUGUAUAUAAGUCCCCGCAUAAUCUGUUUGGGCAGAUUUCCAGUUUCAUUUCUCUUGUGCCAGACUUAACAGAUAAAGUGUGCACUUGCUUAAAAAGUGGCUUCCAAAGUCAUGCAGUGAUGUCACUGGUAGCCAUUUGACCGUGCAUGUUUGUGCCAGUAUAUGUAAUACAGCAUACACAACAAAGAUCACCAACUUCGGUUAACAGUAUUCACUGCAAAUUUCCUGACAGUUUCUGAGCUGACAAACUUCAGAUUUUUAAAAAUUGUUUGGCACCAUGGCAUCUGGUGGUGACGAGAGGGUCUUCGAUAUGGUUGAAUUGAAACGAGCACUGCUGCAGUGCAUGGUGUGUAAAGAAUCUCCAUGCUCCGGCGAGGGUCUGAAGUUCAAGCUUCUAGAGUGUCAUCACACCGUGUGCAAGGACUGCUUGGAGCAGAUCAUAAAUAAUGAGCGUGGCCUUGACCGUGGAGCUCUGCAUUUCAGCUGUCCCGAGUGUCGACACCGCAUGAACGUCCCAGCCCGCGGGGCAGACGGCAUCCCGAACAACUUCAUUGCGCAGCAGAUCCUGGACUUUGCCAACAGCUGCAAACCCAAGCAUGACCCAGCCGACGGGGAGACAUCAUCAUCGUUGGGGGGAGUCAGAUGCGGUGGGUGCCAAGGCGUGAUCAGGCAGGUCCAACACUGGUGCAUCCUCUGCAUGUACCUGUGCGACAGGUGCACAUGGCGGCACCGCGACGACAAGGCACUGCGGCACCACACUGUCUUCGUCCCCGCCCGGAGCUCCGAGGGAGGGUGGGGCGAGGCAGCAGCCAGUGACGACUCUGGCUUCUGCCCGACCCACAACCAUUGCCGGCUGGACUUCUACUGCCGCACCUGUAACGUGCCCCUCUGCAAAAUUUGCAAAGAGCUCUGCCACACUCCUGGCCCUCGGCACUCAAUCUGCGAUAUCUCCAAGGUGGCCCAGGAGAGCCGGGCAGAGCUGGACCGCCUCCUGGAGGCAGUGACUGAGCAACAGAAACUAGCCAGCGAAACUUUCCGCCAAAUCCGCCAAGAGGAGGAGUGCAUCAACGCCGAGCGCAGCAGGGCCAAGAAGAGGCUGAGGGCUUUCAUCUGCGAGUGCCACAACAUCCUGGCCAGACGGGAGAUGGCACUGACGGGAUCCGUCGAGCACCGCGCCCAGCAGAGGUCCAAGUGCCUCCUCUACUCCAAGGAACAAGUCCGCCACCUGCUGACCCGGAUUGGCAGUAGCAUGGAGUAUGCCAACCUGAUCAAGAAGGAGCAUGCUCCGCUCUCCGUCAUCCGCGCAGCCACCGUCAUGAAGCCAGCCCUGCUUGAGAUAGCACAGGCCAGGCUGGACACAGACAUCCAGAAUGGCGACGCCUUUUUGUCAAUGACGGAAGCAGAUCUCCAGUUUGAUAUUGCCACCUUUAGAUACAUGGUUUCUCUCCUAGGAAAAUCCCAGGUAGAUGGUAUAUCUGAAUAAGGCCACUGUAACAAUCUGCCACAAUGCAAAGGCAGUGCCCACAAACUUAACCUCUACAAUUAAAUGAAAAGUAUUGCUUGUCCGAAGCCAAAACGCACAUAUGUACCACAGUUUUACAGUAGUAUUUGCACGAAAUGUUCUUCACAUCUGCACAGCGCACAACGUUUGAUUGAUUAAAACCAAUGGGGUAUGCUAUGCUGUAAAUAUUACAGCCGUGGACAGUUGGUGGUGGAAGUUGGGUUCUUUUAUUAGGUGGAAAAUUGCUCAAGAAAGGAUGGGCUUUGUGAAUUUAUUGGUUUGUUAUACAUUUACGAAUUCUAUAAACCUAACAGUAUCUAAUCCUCCAAUUUAAUUUUUUCCACAUGUCCUUUUCUUUUCUUUCUUUCUUAAUACAUUCUUUUUCUAUUUCUGAGUAAUGCUAUUUCUCAUGGUACUCACGUGCUAUAAAAUCAGUUACCGGUUUAAAUUGAGGUUGUCUGACAAAAUAAAGGCAAGCAACCCUAUUGGGGUGAUCACUCCUUUUGUGACUGUGGAGUCACAAGUAUUGUCGUGGCAGAUGCCAAAACUGCCACAAGGAGAAUUCUUCGCAAAACUGGCUGCGUCCUCUUGAAGAUGAAAAAAAA